UUCUCUCUGCGGAGGCACGAGGACCGAUUGGGAGCCCUGAGCGAGCGCGAGACGUCCCAGUUUCCUCUGCUCUGCGCAUACGCGGAACAUUACGUGGUGAGGGAGCGGAGAUCGUCCCAUUUCUGGUGUUUAGAAGUUCCCCUCUCUCAGGAAUAAAAAAACAAAACGAGCGCACAGAUUCAUCUUCUUCGAGGGAAGGUGGGGCGCGAGCUCCCUAAUAACGUGUGACGAGUGGGAUUCGACGUGGGGCUCCAGUCGUGAAACUACACGACAAACGGCUGGUUCCACUCCAGCGAUGUCUUCCCCGUGGCAGGAGCAGUGGCCCCUACUGGCCUCGAAUGGCAGCAAUCACUCUGGCUUCCCGGACAACACUAGCUGCUUCAGCUCCACACAGAGCACCGUACUCAAGGGAGUCGGCUUUGGAGGAGUGCCAAUUGUGCUGCUGAUCAAUUUCUGUGUCUUUUUGAUGUUGCUGAUUGCCUUCUCUGUUAUCAGGAAGAACUUCUGGGACUAUGGACGUCUGGCAUUAGUUGCAGACAACGACGGGUUCACCGAGUCAAAACACCGGCGCUACGGACGCAUGUUAUCCAGCGUGGAUGACCUUGAGUAUGAAUCGGGAUUCUGCUCUUGGCUGCCUUACAUCCUCGGAAUGGAUGACGACAAAAUAAAAGCCAAAUGUGGCAUCGAUGCUGUCCACUACCUGUCCUUCCAGCGACACCUGAUCGUCCUGCUGUUGGUCAUCACUGUCACCUCCCUCGCAAUCAUACUGCCGGUCAACUUGUCAGGAAACCUGCUGGAUAAUGAUCCAUAUAGUUUUGGAAGGACAACCAUUGGGAAUCUUCAAACGGGAAACAAGCUGUUGUGGCUGCAUACAGUAUUUGCACUUUUGUACCUGAUCCUGACACUUGUUCUGCUGCGUCGUCACACAUCACAAAUAAAAGGCAUGCGCAGAGAGACGACCAGAAACACUUUGUUUGUGUGUUCGGUCCCAAAAGCGGCAACAGAGGAAGAUGUAAAGGCUCAUUUCACAGAGGCGUACCCUUCCUGUCGAGUGUGUGCUGUGACCCUGGGCUACGAUGUGUCCACGCUCAUGCACCUUGAUAAGGAAAGGAUGCGAGCAGGAAAAAACCUGUGCUACUACGAGCGUGUCCUAGAGAAAACAGGGAACCGUGAAUUAUUUAACCCCCGCUUGUGUGGUGAAAUCUGUUGCUGCGCCAAAUCUGAGAAGGUUGAUGCCAUAGAGUACUACAGUACUAAAGAAAAAGACCUGCUGGAAGAGGUGAGGAAAGAGGCGGAACUGGUGCCACAGCACCCCCUGGGGAUGGCCUUCGUCACCUUGCAGAACGAGGCUAUGGCCAAGUACAUUUUGAAAGACUUCAACGCACUGGAGUGUGGCAGCAAAAGCUGCUGCUGCAGGAGAGUGCCCCAACCUUCGUCGGAGAGUGGAACUCUGAAAGUGAACAAGUGGAGCGUCGGCUAUGCACCCCAUCCAAAAAACGUGUUUUGGGACAAUCUGUCAGUGAAGGGUUUUCCGUGGCUCAUGCGCUAUUUGAUGCUCAACUUUCUCCUAUUCUUCCUGCUCACCUUCCUCACGACUCCCAGCAUCAUUAUCAGCACCAUGGACAAGUUCAACGUGACUAAGCCCAUCUACUAUCUCAAUAGCCCGAUCAUCAGUCAGUUCUUCCCCACCUUCCUGCUGUGGUCCUUCUCUGCGUUGCUGCCUACCAUAGUUUACUAUUCUACAAUUGGAGAGGCACACUGGAGCAGGUCCAGUGAGCAGCUGAGCAUGAUGCGGAAACUGUACUUCUUCUUGCUCUUCAUGGUGCUGAUCCUCCCCUCGCUGGGACUCACAAGUCUCGCAGUGUUUCUACGCUGGCUGUUUGAUAAAGAGUUUCUUUCAAAUGGGAAACUGAGGUUUGAGUGUGUAUUCUUACCUGACCAAGGUGCGUUUUUUGUCAACUAUGUGAUCACGGCGGCGUUGGUGGGCUCCGGGAUGGAGUUGCUGCGGUUGCCAGGGUUACUGCUUUACACAAUUCGUAUGGCGUUCGCCCGCUCUGCUGCUGAAAGGAAAUAUGUCAAACAGAAUCAGGCCUAUGAGUUUGAAUAUGGGGCCAUGUAUGGCUGGUGCCUGUGUGUGUUCACUGUCAUCAUGGCUUACAGCAUCAUAUGUCCUAUUAUUGUGCCUUUUGGUCUCCUGUACAUGAUGCUGAAGCACCUGGUGGACAAACACAACAUGUACUUUGCCUACCUGCCUGCUCGCCUGGACCGCCAGGUCCACCUGGAAGCUGUCAAUCAAGCUCUGGCUGCGCCCAUCAUCUGCCUGAUAUGGCUUUACUUCUUUUCUGUCUUUAAAGAAGGUUUCUUGACUGCCACAUCACUAUUCACACUGGUGGUCCUGUUCAUCACCGUCUUCAUCUGCGUCAGCUACACCUGCUUUGGCCAUUUCAAGUACCUCAGUCCACACAACUAUGCGGUGAAAGAGGAGGAUGAGGAUACAGUAGAGGGCGUGGAAGAAAACUCAAUGGUCUACCUCCCCAGAGUGCUUAAUCCCAAAUCGCCUGCCAAAUCCACAGAGCAGUCUAAACUUCAGCAUUCUUACGGCUCUACGGAGGCCAGCUCGGACCCACCUUUGGACAACAUGAAAGAUGGCUGAAAAGGCGUCAAAAGCUUUGGAGUCGGGAUGCCCACGACUCCUCCCCCGUAAACCUGCUUCCUUCAUAAAGGGCCUCAUGGAAGAAUCACUCGUACAAUCGGGUGCAUUCCUGAGCGGCUCGUCUGCUAGAUUUUGGGAGAACUAGACGCGUUUACUGAUUUCCUUUUGUAUUUUGAAUCUUCUCUUCGGUAUGAAAACAAAUUUUAAAAGCGGUGCAGACCUGCCGUCGGAGUCGUGCAAUUAGUCUGCUGUUAGCGACACCAAAGUGUUUCACUCGCGGUCGGUUAUUUAAUUUCUUUGAAGCAAGUAUGAGCUUGAAAACCCGACACAAAUUACACUUCAUCAUUAUAUUGAUGGUAUCCUGUUUGACUCUUCCAUUUUAGGCUAAUUGGAUUCUAGAUGGACACAUUUAGCCUAACAAUAUCGCCAAUAAUGUAAGUUUGUUGCCGAUGCUAUUGCAUAACACAACAAUAUCAAUGGAAGAAAGAUUGCAAACUGCCAAACGACUUCAUUUAUUUGCCCCCCCUCCCGCUGCAGUCAUUGACAGGGUUGCUGCGGCGAGACGUUUUCCAUAUCAAACCGUUACUACAUUACUAUUUCAGUGACCAUGUGACCCUCAGGUAGCACGGCAUCAACGACGCUCAUUAUUUUCCCCCGAUGCUUCACUUUAGUAGGACUUUUUUAUUUCCGCUGCAGGCUUUCCUUUCAUGAUUCUUCCCCCCCCCCCCCCCCCUGGAUCAUGAUUUGCACUUGAUCAGCAUAUCACACACAUCCUUGACAACCCCUCAGUCUUCUAUUUGAUGUGUAUAUCACAAAGCGAUGCUCUACGUAUUUUCUGUCUUCACCAAAAAAAACUGCCAUUUUCAAACGAGCCAUCACCCUGUUGGAUCCCAACACUGGAGUCUAUUAUUUGCACAUGUUGAAGCUUAUUAUGCAAGUAUUACCAGAACAAUCAAGCCAGCAGCACGGCUGCCAAAGAGGUGGACAUGCAGAGCGUUCUGUUGGUUACGUGUUCUGUUGGUUCAAUUCAGAGUUCUUCCCAGUUCCUUUUCUUUCUUUUUUUGCCAAAGGAAUAAUUAAUAUUGCCUCGUGUUCAUAUUGCACUUUCUGUAUCAAGAGACGCCAGUUUUGUGUCUACUAACAAUAUUUGUAAUUGGACAAGAGAACAUUUACAUCUGUAUUGCUGGAGAUUUGCAACCAAAACUCUUUUGGAGGGUGAGAGUCAUAAUUUAUUAUUGUCUAAGAUGACGGGUCAAUGUGUAUUUGUAUUGAAUGUACUCCUGAAGUUAUGUUUUUGCAGCUUUUUAAAAAAAAUGUGCGACAAGGAACCGCAUUUUUAAAAGACAAACUUGUAACUGUGAUCGACGAGGUCUUCAUAUCGAAUAUGUUCAGAUGAACUCGUCGCUUUGCCGUGGCUGUGUUUAUGCAUAGUGAUUCAAAUGUCAACAUUAAACAACCCCUCGUGCAGCUUUCGAGGACAAACGGGAA